AUGGCAGAGUACUGGAAGUCGACACCUAAAUACUGGUGCAAAUUCUGCGAAACCUAUGUGAAGGACACGAAAUUCGAGCGCGGGCAGCACGAAGCCACAGGGCGCCAUCAGGGCAACAUUCAACGAAGUCUGCGUGGCCUACAUCGCGCACAAGAAAAUGAACAGCGCGAGAAAUCACGGGCGCAAGCCGAGGUCGCAAGACUGAAUGGCCUUGUGCCUUCGGAAUCCAAAGGCCCUCCCUCUGUCGCAACAGGCUCAGGUGGCCCACCUCCGACAUACGAGAAACGAACCGAGAAGAAAGCGACUCUAGAAGACAGGAAGAAGCAAUGGGAGCAACUAGCAGCGAUGGGCAUCACACUACCCGACCAGGCGAGGGGCGAUUUGGCGAUUGCCGGCGAGUGGAAGACUGUGUCUACGGAGGUCGUGGGCGAGGUGAACGAAGAUGGCGAAUUCACGAAGGUGGCUCUCAACAAGGGCGUGCGCAAGCGCAAGCUUGAUGAAGAGGAGGAGGAGCAGAAAGAGGCGGGAGAGAUCAUCACGAAGCGCAAAGGCUGGGGCCACACAUACAAAAGCUUCCCAGGCAGCAAUGGUGGCGAAGACGAUGUAGAGAGUCUUUUGGCAAAGAAGAAGCCUCAGGUUGAUGCAGCGGAAUCUACCGCGGGAGGAUCUACUCUGAAGAAGGAAGAAACUCAGGCGGAUGAUGUUGGUGUUGCGCUGCAGGACAUUCCGACGGCAGAAGAAGCGGAAGCGAGUAUCAAGAAGGAAGAAGAUGCACCAACUGCACCAGCUAUUGUUUUCAAGAAACGAAAGAAGGCUGCGAAAUGA